AUGGCAAGAUCCGAGAUCCAAUCUAACCUAGUUGUUGAGGUUAAGAUGAAUUUAAUUAGCAGGCGGAGCAAAGAUGGAAGGACAUAUAAUUUACCAAGCGCUAAUGAGGUAGCUGCACUUAUUGUCAGGGAUCUGGACCCAUCAAUAGGUGAUCUAGACAUAUUGAUAGAGAGUAGGACUGGGCAGUUGAAGAGAAUAAACCAAUUAAACCAUGCGUAUCUGCCAAUACAGUACCCUUUGUUGUUUCCAUACGGUGAAGAUGGUUACCGUGAAGAUAUUUCAUUCUCUGAUGCAUGGCGCCAAGAACAUCAUGGUGGUAGGAAAAGAAUUAGUCCAAAAGAGUAUUUUUCAUUCUAUAUACAUGAGAGAGUAAAUGAAAACCAUACAUUAUCGUAUUCUAGGAUGUUAUUUCAACAAUACUUGGUUGAUGCAUAUAUAAUGAUUGAAUCUGCACGAUUGAUCUACAUUAGAACUCAUCAGAAGGCUUUGCGUUGUGAAGCUUAUCAAGGAUUGAGCGAUGCAUUAACAAGGGGAGAAUUAGACCCUACUGGUCGGGGUAAAAGAAUUAUACUACCAUCAUCAUUCACAGGUGGAGCCAGACAAAUCAGUUAUCCACAUUUGUUCAUAACAUUCACUUGCAACCCGAAUUGGCCUGAGAUUGAGCGGUAUGUUGUCCAUCGUGGCCUUAAAUCAGAGGAUAGACCCGAUAUUAUUUGUCGCGUGUUUAAAAUGAAACUUGAUGCUAUGAUUGAAGACAUCAAAACACAAAAGCUGUUUGGCGACAUAUGUGGAGUUAUCUACACUAUUGAAUUCCAAAAGAGAGGACUUCCCCACGCACACAUAUUGCUAUUUGCCAAAAAAAUAAACAGGGCGAAUUCCGCAGCCAAGAUUGAUGCUAUUAUUUCAACUGAAAUUCCUGACCCAGAUGUUGACACUGAGUACCAUGACGGAAAUGAUAGGGUCACGGCAGAGUUCAUGAGUAGUUCUAUAAAUGGACGAAAUGGUGAUGUGGUUGAUGAAAUUAACAUGUACUAUGAUUGUCGGUACAUAUCAGCAUGUGAAGCAACGUGGAGGCUUUUUGGGUAUGCGAUACAUCGGACGCCACCUGUGGAAAGGUUAAAUUUUCACUUAGAGCACCAACAGAAUGUUGUCUAUGGUGAAGAUCAGACACUCGAUGAGAUUGUGGAGAACCAAACAGUUAAGCAGAGCCAAUUCACAGCUUGGUUUGAGGCAAAUAACCACGAUGAUAUACGCACUGUUGCUGGAGUAAUUCACAAAUCAUAUAGAGAUGCGUAUUAUGAAUAUGGAUUAUUAGAUGAUGACAAGGAAUGCAUCGACGGCAUAACUGAUUCGAGUUACUGGGCAUCCGCUACAAUCAGUAGGCCAGAGGUCGUAUGGAAUGCUGUUUGGGAAUUUCUUGCAGAAGAUGCACAGUUUCAUCAUCGACGUCGCAUGAACAAUCCAGAUUCCGAUAAGAAACAGUUUGCUCUUGUGGAGUUGGAGAAAUUGUUAUCUUUGUGGGGGAAGAGUCUGAAAGACUUUCCAGAUAUGCCUCUUCCAGAUGAAACCAACAUCGGGUUUAUGGAAAACAUGUUGAUAGCUGGAGAGUUGGCGUAUGAUAAGGAAUCGUUGAAGAUAGAGCAUGAAACAUUAGUAACACAAUUGACAGAUGAGCAAAAGAAUGUUUACGACUCUGUGAUGAAUGAUAUUGAUUGUAAUGGAGGUGGACUCUUCUUUGUGUAUGGUUACGGAGGAACAGGCAAGACAUUCGUGUGGAGGAUGUUAUCCUCAAUGAUAAGGAGCCGCGGAGAUAUUGUUCUAAAUGUUGCUUCAAGUGGAAUAGCAUCUUUAUUAUUACUGGGAGGAAGGACAGCGCAUUCUAGAUUUGUUAUACCACUCUCAUUGAAUGAAGAUUCCACGUGCAAUAUAUCGCAAGGUAGUGACCUUGUUGAGCUUAUAAUUAGGAGCAAAUUGAUAAUAUGGGAUGAAGCACCAAUGACUCACAAACACCGUUUUGAGGCUUUGGACCAAACCAUGAGGGAUCUAUUGAGGUUUGCCAUACCGGGUAGUGCUGAAAAGACAUUUGGUGGAAAGACAGUAGUUUUAGACGGUGAUUUUAGACAAAUUCUUCCAGUUAUUCCCAAAGCAACGAGACCGAUAGUUGUCGGAGCAACUAUUAAUUCUUCAUACCUCUGGACAAAUUGCAAGGUAUUGAGGCUCACGAAGAACUUGAGACUACGGAGCUUAGCUUCAGAGGAAGAUAGGCAGACGGUUGAUUGGUUUUCAAAAUGGAUUGCAAACAUAGGAGAUGGGAUAACAGGGGUUGUAAACAAUGGUUUGUCUGAGAUCGAUAUUCCGCCAAGGUUUCUCUUAAACUAUGGACAUGAUCCCAUAGCAACUAUAGUGGAAAGCACAUUCCCAAGCGCGAGAUAUGGCAUGAUUGAUGAGUUGGACCUAGAAGAGCGAGCGAUCCUUUCACCGACUUUAGAUGUGCUCACUCUCGGCCUCUUUGGUAUAGUUAAAACUAAGAGUGAAAUCAGAAAUGUAAUGUAUGGAUAG